AUGCUCGCUGCAGCCACUGCAGCAACCGCUGCGCCAGGCGCUGCAUACGCCAGCAGCAGCAGCAGCAGCAGCAGCAGCAGCAGCCGAGAGUUUAUUGCUCUUUUGCCAAACGCAGAAGAGAGAAGGGCCUUCUUGUACGGCAUGCUGCUGUCUCCGCUGCGGUGGCAGUUUGUUGCUGCUGAGGGGUUGCUGCUGCAGCUGCCUGCUGCAGCGCUGCCCCUCACCCCCAGGGAGCGUCUCGUUGCUGCCUUUGCGGUGAAGUCUGUAUGGAGAGAAGAAGAGCUGCUGCCGCUGCUGCGCCCCUGCUACUUCGCCGCCGGACACAACCAGGACUUAGCAGUGAAGCUGGGGGCUCCGCCGGCCGGGUACUGCUUCGUGUUUCAGACGGUCUUGUCUGCGGCGACGCAGGAGAAGGUCACCUCCUUCAAGUCCAGGAACGUCCCUCUCCCCUUCUGGGAGCUCGAGUGA